CUAAUACGAUAUAGCGGCCCCCUCUCGCUGUGUGGGAAAAGAAACCCUAGAAUAUGUCUGGUGCGUACGGUUACGAAGGCGACGAAUUUGCUCCUCCGCCGGCCGGAGGCGGCGGAGGAUAUGGUGGUCGAGGCGGAGGAUAUGGAGGUAGCGGUGGCGGAGGAUAUGGAGGUAGCGGUGGCGGAGGAUACGGGGGUGGUGCUGGAGGUCAUGGAGGAAGUGGCCGUGGAGGUUACGGUGGUGAUGGUGCCGGAGGUUAUGGUGGCGGUGGCCGUGGAGGUUAUGAGGGAGGUGGAGGUGGGGGUAGAGGUGGUGGACGAGGUGGCAGAGGUGGUGGACGAGGUGGAGGAUAUGGUGGUGGCGGCGGAGGUGGAGGUGUGUAUCAAGGAGGAGAUCGUGGUGGUAGAGGAGGAGGUGGCCGUGGUGGCGGAAGCGGCAAGGAAGGUGAUUGGCGUUGCCCUAAUCCUAGCUGUGGGAAUCUGAACUUCGCAAGAAGAGUCGAGUGUAACAAAUGUGGUGCACAAGCUCCUGCCAGUGGUGGCAACCGCGGGGCCAUCAGUGGCGGCUAUAACAGAGGAGGAAGUGGUGGGCGAUAUGAUGGUAAUCGAGGGGGUAGAGGUGGGAAUUAUGACGGUGGAAGUGUUGGAGGUAGUAGAGGUGGUUCUUAUGGUGGCAAUCAAGGAAGGGAUGGUGUUGGUUAUGAUCAGGUUCCUCCAUCUUAUGUUGGGUCAGGUGGCAAAUUCCCACCACCUCCAAACACUUACAAUGGGAACCCUAAUUAUGGAACAGAUGCUGUCCCCCCACCUGCGAGCUAUACUGGUGGACCUACUUCAUAUCCCCCAUCAUAUGGUGCCCCUGUUGGCGGUGGCGAUGCGUUGGGUUAUGCCCAAGGUGGUGGUCGGGGUGGCCCACCUGGUGGAUACAGUGGGUAUGGUGGUGGUCCACGUAACCCGGUAGAUGGUUAUGCUGGUGCUCCUGCUGAGGCUCCAGUUAAGCAAUGUGAUGAGAAUUGCGGGGAGUUCUGUGACAACUCGAGAAUUUAUAUCUCAAAUUUGCCUCCAGAUGUAACUUCUGAGGAAUUAAGAGAACUUUUUGGCGGCAUUGGACAAGUUGGAAGAAUCAAGCAAAAGCGGGGCUAUAAGGACCAAUGGCCCUGGAAUAUAAAAAUUUAUACAGAUGAGCAAGGAAACAACAAAGGGGAUGCAGUUUUGUCUUAUGAAGAUCCAUCUGCAGCACAUUCUGCUGGUGCCUUUUUUAACCAUUAUGACAUGAGGGGUUACAAAAUCAGUGUUGCAAUGGCCGCAAAGUCUGCUCCAAAGGCCCCUCCAGCAUAUGGCCCCGGGGGAGGUGGUAGAGGUGGUUAUGGGGGUGGUGGAGACAGACGCAGAGACAACUACAGAGAUGGCGGUCCAGAUAGAAAUUACCACGGUGGAAACCGUUCGCGCCCAUACUGAACUUCAACUGAGCACUUAUGUACUAAAAACUGUGUUUGGAAGGAUUUAAUAUAUUCCAUUGGCGGGUUUAUUCUCAAACUGGAGGUAGGUUGUUCACUCACUCAGAGCAGUACCCCUUUUCUCUAUAUUGUCUUCCGCUACGUGGAGGGAGUUUUAUCUUUAAGCUUGGGAUUGAUUUAAACCGUGUGAAUGUUUUUUAUAGAGGCAAAGCGGAUAUUCUCCAAAUUGCUGCUAAGGUAGGUUGAAAUUUUCAGGUGAGUGUUGCUAUUUCAAAAUCACACAUUUAUGAUAUUUGACAUGUUGAGUGGCGGAUUUUAUGGGUUUGAUUUGCAUGUUAUCUAAAUUCUUGCCUCUUCAUGUGUA